UUACUCAUUGUUCAGGGAAGCCCAAAGCAAGCCCUACAGCUGCCGUCAUGGUGCACUGGUCUGCUGAGGAGAAGCAGCUCAUCACCGGCCUCUGGGGCAAGAUCAAUGUGGCCGACUGUGGGGCCGAAGCCCUGGCCAGGCUGCUGAUUGUCUACCCCUGGACCCAGAGGUUCUUUGCGUCCUUUGGGAACCUUUCCAGCCCCACCGCCAUCCUUGGCAACCCCAUGGUCCGUGCCCAUGGCAAGAAAGUGCUCACCUCCUUUGGGGAGGCUGUGAAGAACCUGGACAACAUCAAGAAGAACUUUGCCCAGCUGAGCAAACUGCACUGUGACAAACUGCAUGUGGACCCCGAGAACUUCAGGCUCCUGGGGGACAUCCUGAUCGUCGUCCUGGCCUCCCACAUUGGCAAGGACUUCACUCCUGCCAGCCAGGCUGCCUGGCAGAAGAUGGUGCGUGUGGUGGCCCACGCACUGGCCCACGAAUACCACUGAGCCACGUGGAGAUGC